AUGGAGCAAAAAUUAUAAUUAUUAUCUUCCAGCAUUCAAGUUGACCCAAGCAAUCCUUAGAUUCCUUAAAAUUUAAAACACUUGAAAGUAUUCAAUUAUUUUCUAAUGUCUAGCUUGAAAUUUUUAAUGAAUUAGCUGUAAAUAAAUUGGGAACAGAAAAAUUAGCUUGUAAGUUAUAUUUUAUAUUAUAAGUACAUUUCUGUGAAUUGGAAGUCACUUAUUUAUUAAUUUCAAGACAAAUUGAAAAUUUUGAAUUAGCAAUUGAAAGAUUAAUGAAAUUUUAUAAUUAAGGUCUAGAAAGCAAAGAUAGAGCUCAUUAUACAGGCAUUUAUUUAAUUUAUUUACUAUCUUUUAAUAAGUAAUUAAGUUAAUAAUUCAAUAGAUUUGCUUAAUAUUAUUCCUAAAUUGAAUUGUUACCAAAAGAAACAUUUUCAAACCCUUUUGUUCACUUUGUACUUUAAUUAGAAUACAAAUUGAGCAUAGGAAGUUAUUCAGAUCUUUUAGGUGAUUAUCAUCCAACAGGAAUUGAGAAUGUAUUCUUAGAAAGAAUUAUGGAUACUAUUAGGUUAUAUAUAUAUUUAAAUUUAGAUUAUAAACAGCAUUAAGUGCCAAUGCAUCUUACAAAUAAUUAUCAAUAGAAAAUGCUAUUAAAUUAUUUAAUGUGAAAAGUGUUUAAGAAUUGUAAUAAUUUGCUUAGAAAUAAAAUUUCAAAUGGAAAUUUAAUAAUCAUCAUGUUUAUUUUGACAAUGUAAAUAAUCUAAAAUAUUUAUUAAUAGGUUUAAAAUGUAGAAAAUCCCUUAAAUUCAGAAUUUUUGAUAACAAAUUCUUUAAGAUAUGUUCAUGAAUUUGAUAAAAUUAUAUGA